AAGAGUGUUAUCAUUCCAAAGAAAAGAGAGAACUGGUAAGGGAGAGGAAAAGUGUCUUGUGGGAUUUGUGGAGCAGCAAUGGCAACACCAAAACGGUCAUACUCAUAUGAUCUUCAGCAGCAACAACACCCAAAUGUGCAGCAAGUGAAGAACUCAGGAAUGAUUAGCAGCGACCAGAGCCCAAGAAUAGAUGAUAAGGAAGAGGAGAUGUCAAGAUCAGCUCUAGCAAUGUUCCGAGCAAAGGAAGAAGAAAUUGAGAGGAGAAAAAUGGAGGUCAGGGACAAGGUUCAUGCUCAUCUUGGUCGAGUUGAAACUGAAACAAAGCGCUUGGCUGAGAUUCGAGAAGAGCUUGAGGGUUUCACAGAUCCAAUGAGGAAGGAAGUUGGAAUAGUUCGAAAGAAGAUAGACAUGGUUAACAAGGAGUUGAAGCCACUGGGCCAAACAUGCCAGAAAAAGGAGAGAGAAUACCAUGAAGCACUAGAGGCAUUCAAUGACAAAAACAGAGAAAAAGCUCAACUUGUAACCAAGUUAGUGGAGCUGGUGACUGAAAGUGAGAGGUUGAGGAUGAAGAAGCUGGAUGAGCUAAGCAAAAACAUUGAUACCCUGCAUUGAGAUGCUAAUGGAAGUUGCCCUGUGGGUUCUGUGUGUUGUUAACUAGAAUCAGUAUCAUUGAAUGUGGAAUAAUUUGUGAUUUCAAUGUAUUUUACUAACUAAAUUAGGGAAGAAUGUCCAACAAAAGUGUGCAUAAGACAUUAUUACUGCAACAAAAGCUCUCUUUCAGUUUUUAUAUAAGUAGAUUUAUUUGUUUGGUUAUCUUCUAAAUUCCAUUUUCAUGUAUUGGUUUGGCUUUUCAAGGUGAAAAACAUGAAAGCAAGAUCUAUGUAGAGUUGACUUUAAUGCAAACACUUAAAGUGCGUUUGAAUAUCAGUUGAGUGUAA